AUGGCUGCUUCAGUGCGGCCGUUACUUGAGAGGCUGAGCUUGAAGGAGCUGGAAGCCAGCUGCAAGGUGCCCAGUGUCUCCAGUCUCCAGGUCCUGGCCGCUGCUGGACUCGCUCCUCCACACGGGCCGUGUGGGAUAACAUUAUUUGCAGUGAUUACUUUAAUUCUGGAUUCUUUUAAAAUUGGAUAUUAUAUUGAUUUUUCAAACUGUUUAUCACCAACUGAAGGCAUUUUUCCCGUUACACAUGCUGUGCACACCAUCUUACAGGUGUAUUUUCUUUGGUGUCAUGCAAAGGAUAUUAUCCAGUCUUUCAAAACACUUGAAAGGUUUGGGGUUAUCCAUUCUGUGUUCACAAAUUUACUCCUGUGGACAAAUGGAGUGCUAACAGAGUCAAAACAUCAACUGAAUGAACAUAAGGAAAGACUAAUCACGCUUGGUUUUGGGAACAUAACAAUAGUUUUAGAUGAUCAUGCACCUCAAUGCAAUUGUACAACAACAACUCUCUGUUCAAUAUUUUCUCAAGGAAUUUAUUAUCUAUACCCCUUUAAUAUAGAGUACCACAUCCUAGCAUCCACGAUGCUCUAUGUCCUGUGGAAGAACAUUGGCCGCAAAGUCGAGCACCACCAGCAACAUAAAACUCCAUUCAAAUUCCGUGGCAUAACUGUUGGAAUGAUUUUUGGACUAAUCGUGUUAACUAGCACAAUAGCCAUAGUUGUUGUGUAUUUAAUUCAGAUUGGAGGUUCUAAAAUCAAAAGCGAGUUGGCACUUACUAUGUUUUACUUGCAUGCUAUCUUUGUGUUGGCUCUCAUGUGUACAGCUGGGAUUGUCGCCCUUCUGAUCUACAGACUGGAAGAUAGAUCGCUGGAUAACUCAAAAAAUCCCGCCCGUAAACUAGAUGCAGAGCUGCUGGUGGGCACAGCGGCAGGAUCCUGGCUCCUCUCCUGGGGCUCGAUCCUCGCCAUUAUCUGUGCCCAGGCUCAUCCAAAAUACACGUGGUAUAACCUGCCCUACUCCGUCCUGGUUAUUAUCGAGAAAUAUAUUCAGAACCUCUUUAUCAUUGAAUCCAUACACCGUGAGCAGGAAAAGGCGAAUGAUGAUAUUAAAACUCUUCGAAUAGUGACUGUAUCUCGAGGGAGCACUUUAUCACUUAGCCCUUCAUACAAAGAAAUUUACAAUGGCAGAGCAGCCCGUGACAGCGGGGAGUUGCCCUGCCUGUUCAAGGGCGGUACCUGUGGGAGAGAAAAUGAUGGUGGUGGUGAUGGUGCCAAGGAAGAAACAAGUCACGAAAACAGUUCGGUCAUGCAUUCAGCCUCAGAUUUCUCAUUUUACAGUAGCAACUCCGUUACUAACAAGAGGAGAAUUCUGAAGAACAUUGCUGCAUUUUUAUUCCUCUGUAACCUUUCGCUGUGGAUACCACCAGCGUUCGGGUGCCGCCCGGAAUAUGACAAUGGACUAGAAGAAAUAGUUUUUGGCUUUGAACCCUGGAUAAUAGUUGUGAACCUUGCGAUGCCUUUUUCUAUUUUCUAUCGGAUGCAUUCAGCUGCCUCACUCUUUGAGGUCAAUU